AUGGCGUCUGUCAACUGCACACGAUGCCUGACGCGGCCGACCUCCGGCCUGCGCCUGGCCGACCGCAUCACGCCCAUCAUCACAUGGACCGCCCCCUUCACGACUACGACAGCCGUGGCCGCCGGUCCUUCCAAGGCUGUCGGCAAUAAGCCUCGCCAGGUGAUCGGAAAACACAUUCGUAAGGGCAAGAUUGGCCAGAAUGCCAAGAAGAAGCGCGAGAUUGUCCGCUUCAAGAAGCCCGAGCCGGGCGAGCGCAAGGCUUUCCGUAAGCGCAUCCAGCUCAGCAACAACAACGCCGCAGUCGUCACAGGCUUGCCCGUCGCCGAUGCCGCCGCCAUGGUCAGCAAGGAAAACCUCGGUCGCAUCAUCAGCAUGCCCGACAAGCUCAUCGACCAGCUGCGCGCCCUCGAAUCGUUCAAGACUACGCAGAACUGGGGCCUGUUCCGCAAGCCGCACAUGCUCGUCAGGAAGGAGACGAUGCAGAUGAUGGAGAGGUUGAACGAGGCGGCGGCGGAAAAGCAGACGCUGCGCGCCGUCUUGACGGGUGAGCGUGUCUCGGGCAAGAGCUUGCUGUUGAUGCAAGCCAUGUCCCACGCCCUUCUCAACAACUGGGUCGUCAUCCACAUCCCCGAAGGCGAGUACUCUAAACCCCCCUCCCCCCCCGUUCUCUCUCCGUUUGGGAUAUCUACUGACAGCUCAGCAGCCCAAGACCUCACCAAUGCGCACACUGAGUACUCGCCCGUGCCCCAGACAACCCCCGUCGAGUUCACUCAACCCGUCUACUGCUUCCACCUCCUACAGACGAUCAUUAAGGCAAACCACGACAUCCUCGCCCAGUACACGGCCUCGAAGAACUACAGCCACCUGCAGCUCCUCCAUCUCCCUGAGGACCCCACGCUCGCCGACCUCAUCACUGCUGCGAAGGAGCCUGAUUACGCCUGGCCCGUCCUCAAGGCCCUCUGGUACGAGCUUACUGCCGUCCCUGGCCGCCCGCCCGUCCUUCUCGGCCUCGACGGCCUCUCCCACGUCAUGAAGGUUAGCGAAUACCGCGACCCGUCCUUCAACCUCGUCCACUCUCACGAUCUGACCCUCGUCCGCCUCUUCACCGACGCUCUCUCGGGCAAGACUCCCUUCGCCAACGGCGGCGCCGUCAUUGGCGCCACGAGUCGCAGCAACGCUCCUCGUUCGCCGAGCAUGGACCUCGCCCUCGCCCGCUCGUUCGCAGCCGCCGCCGGCAAACACGUGCCCACGGCAGACCCCUACCGCAAGGACUACGAUCCCCGCGUGCACGAGGUCCUCGAAAAGGUCGACGUCUUCCACGUCGACAAUGUCUCCAAGGCCGAGGCCCGUGCCGUCAUGGAGUAUUGGGCCGCCAGCGGCAUGCUGCGGUCCCUCGUCAAUGAGACGACCGUCACGGAGAAGUGGACGCUCGGCGGCCAGGGCGUCAUCGGAGAGAUUGAGCGCGCCGCGCUGCUGCACUCGCGCAUUUAG